CCAAUCGAAUCAUUAAAUUUGUAUUAGUCGUUUCGAAUAUUCUUCGUCCUCUGCCAACCAUGCGGUCUUAUACUGUAAUCGGUUUCCUGGCUUUGUGUACCCUGGCCAUUACUGUCGCUGGCUUUCCCCAAGAUUCGAUUCCGGAUUCCCCGUCAGAUGCCGCCUCUCUUUUGGAUGAUCUUCCGAAGGAAUCGGACGCCGCGGAUGUGGAAAUUUAUCGCCCGAAGCGAGCCACUUGCGAUCUGACCGAAGCCUGGGGAUGGGGAAGUACUGCUUGUGCCGCUCAUUGCAUUGCCCGAGGUUAUCGCGGCGGUUAUUGCAAUAACAGGAGAAUUUGUGUGUGCCGCCGAUAAAGAGCAUAUGGGAAGACAUUAUCCGUGUUUCAAAAUUACCGAACAAUUCUAAAUUGAUUUUUAUAAUUUAGCAAACUUUCAGUUGAAAUUUGGGUAAAUAAGAUUUGAAAAUUAUGUAGAAUGACAUUUGAAAAAUCAAUUUUUAAAUUCGAAUUUAUUAAGCGAAAACUGACAAUGAAUGGCGCACACAUUUUUAAUUAC